AUGGCGAAGCCCACGCUCCGGUCUUUGCAGCUGCAUACUUGGAAGCUCGGUUACCGCACCUCGAAGGUUUACUGGGAAGAGUUUCAGACCCGGGAGGAGGCAGAGGGUCGCUACCAGGAGCUCUGGUGGUCCAAAGUGCUGAUCAACCCGGAAGGCGACGUGCUGCGGUGCUCAAGUGGCAUUUUAGAUCCGAAAGGCGUCGGUGUGGCAGCGCUGCUUCUGUCCGCAAGACGGGGCUUUGGCGAUGUGGAGUCCCCGCUUCCUGCCCUGGACAAGGGAGAUGUUGCUUUCAUCCCGGCCGAUCGGUUGCCAGGUACUUCCCAGGCAUUGCAGCUCAUCUGGGACAGAGUUGCCUCGAGGAGCUCCAUCAGCUGGUUCGGCUCUCGUGUUUCGGCGGAUUCCCUCUGCUACUUCGACGUCGAGAAGCAUCCCGGGGUCCGGGGCUACGUGGCGCUGACCAUCGAUGAUGCUCCAUGUCGGCUGGGCCCCAAGAACUCCAUGCUGCCUGAGAUCCGAAAGCUUCUCAAAGAGCACCAGGCACAGGCCACCUUCCUGCUCCUUGGGCAGUUCGUUCCGCAGUAUGAAGAGGAGCUGCUCGCGCUUCUGCGCGAGGGGCACGAGCUGGGGAACCAUGGCCUCGUGGACAAGAGCUACGGGGCCUCAUCUCCCAAAGAGUUUGAGGAUGCCGUGGAGGAGUGCACCAAGCGGAUCACCGACUUGCAGCGUCGUGCUGGUAUCGUGGAGCAGAAGGCUUUGAGAAUUCUGAUGUGCGACACCUAUGCAUGUUGCCCGGUAAUUCAGGAUGGCGAUUUCAUCGGCCGCUUCCUUGGAAAGCAGGCCGAACAUGGCUCCAUCAUGUUGAUCCACAUGCCAGAGCAUGGCUUCCGCGAGUGGUGUCUGCUGGGCCUUCAGACGCUCCUCAAGCAGCUGAAGGAGCGCAACAUGAAGGUGGUCACUGCGGGGAAGCUGGCAGAGCUCGCCGGAUGGAGUCCGGAGGUUGUGGGCCGCCGGUGCAAGCUGGCAUUGUAA